CUAGACGUGUCAUAACCCACGCUAACUAUAAACAGAAAUCUAAAGUAAAUAAAGGAUAAAAAAAAACGCACACGCCAACACAGACCACCAUUUCAUCUUGGAGGAUAUACCAUUUCCACUGAUAAGAUGAUUUAGCGUUGAGCGGAGGCCAGUCACUCCUUUUCCCUCGGCGAGUUCGAACGCCAUGGCCGGCCUCGUCUUCAUCUUCUGGUUUUCCUUCUGCGCGCUGAAGACGGUGACUCAGGGAUCGCCUCCAUCGGGGAAAGGAGUUUGCGAGGACUGGAAACUCCCUUACAUGAACGAAACACAAAAAUACGUUCACGUGAAAGGUUCAAACCCUGUCUAUCUCUGGUUUUACACUCAGGAGGCUCAAGCAACGGCAGAACUGCGUGUCUGUUGCAUCGGAGAAGAAUGGAAGUACAAGAAUAUUACUUUCGAAGAAGCUAAUACCUAUUAUCUUGGUGUUUUGGAUACUGAGAGUGGGCAACUGGCACUGAAAGGUGACAUCAUACCAACAAUACCAAGAGUAUCUGGUAUUUGGCUGAACAGUACUUCCAUAUCGUACCUGAUAUGCUCUGUGAACGAUACCCUGCCUGAGAACCCCAUCGGCAGAGAACUGGCGACGAAGACCGAAAAGAGAUUGGAGAAAAGGGCAGAGAAGUGGAUGAUAACGACUUUCGUCUUAGCGGUUCUUGCCCUUGCUCUUCUCUCCUUCAGUCUCGCCUGCGGGAUUCUGUGGCUUCGGAAGGAUGCUCCAGGAGCUGUGCCCAAGCCGGAGAGACCCGGACGCCCCCAGACACCAGAACGGGCCCAUAUUUACGACGAGUGGAACCCCAACUGGAGCGAGGCUGAAGAGGGACAUGACAGUGAAAACAGCGCAUACGGGCAGUGCAAUUAGAGUGUGACGAAGCGCUGACUUUUGGUAUAUUGGGUGUUGUGAUCUCGUGUUUUCGUCUCCUUUUUGUAUAUUGGGUGUGUGUGAUCUCGUGUUUUCGUUCUCCUUUUGUAUAUUGGGUGUUGUGAUCUCGUGUUUUCGUCUCCUUUUGGUAUAUUGGGUGUUGUGAUCUC